UCUACUUCCGGGUCAGGGUCCCUCCUUUGCCAUGUGCACGAAGUUUCCAUGGGAGCGUUUAUGAUGCAGCUGCGGAUAUAAAACCUCUGAGAAGAAAACAACUCAGCUGUAUGCGCUCUCCUCGUUUUCUAUUAUAAUUUAUUUCGGAGGAGAAAGCCGGGUCUUUGUCUCCGGUGCCUGCCAAAGCCUUUUCUCCCCGCGGCCUCACAGGAAGUGGAGUUUGAGCCAUGGCGCUGUACCUGAGAGCCGCGGAGAUCCUGGAGAAAGCCGAGAACAAGCAGGGCGCUCUGAAGACUCUGGUGUACGAGAGCAAGUUCCCCAAGAUCAAGCAGCUGUUCGCUCUGGUUUGCGAGACCCACAAGUUUUCCAGCGUCCUGCAGGAGAUCAUCGAGGCCACCCGGCUGCUCAAACACACCAAGCUGAGGCUGCCGCUGGCCAAGGUGCUGGUGUACGACCUGCUGCUGGGCCAGGGGCUCAAGUGCGGCGGCUCCUGGAAGGCCCUGCUGAUGAAGCACCGCUCCCGCCUGCAGGCCGAGCUGGCCCGCAUGAAGAUCAAACAGAAGGUAAGCAGAAAUGAAGACCUGCUGCCUGCCAGCGUCCAGCAGCAGCAAGGCGACCAGCUGCCCAGGUAUGUGCGUGUCAACACCCUAAAGACCACCGUGGAGGAUGCUGUGGACUACCUGAAGCGGGACGGGUUCACCUACCUGGGACAGGCCAGCAGCUUGGGUGACUUGAGCCUGGCCGAGAGACACUUUGUGAGGGACCUGCACCUGACGGACGUGCUGGUCUUCUCUCCCAAGACGGACUUCCACGACCACUUCCUGUACAAGGCCGGCCACAUCAUCCUGCAGGACAAAGCCAGCUGCCUGCCCGCCGUCCUCCUCAGCCCCCCCUCUGGGAGCCACGUCAUCGACGCCUGUGCCGCCCCUGGCAACAAAACCAGCCACCUGGCAGCUAUCAUGCAGAACAAAGGGAAGCUGUUUGCCUUUGAUUUGGAUGCCAAGCGUCUGUCCACCAUGUCCACUCUGCUGCUGCGGGCCGGGGUCACCUGCCAGCAGAUCUCCAACCAGGACUUCCUGACAGUGGACCCCGACAGCCCCACCUAUAAAGAUGUGGAGUACAUCUUGCUGGACCCCUCCUGCAGCGGAUCAGGGAUGGUGUGUCUGCGUGACGAUGCCUCCUCCGCCGAUAAGGAGAAGCAGGAGGCUCGUCUGCAGUCGCUGGCCUCCUUCCAGCUGCGGUGCCUGAACCACGGCCUGAGGUUCCCCCGCCUGCGGCGCCUCGUCUACUCCACCUGCUCCGUUCACACCCAGGAGAACGAGGAGGUUGUAGCCGCUUGUCUGCGGCAGAACCCCGGCUUCAGGCUGGUUCCUCUGCUGGCCCAGUGGCCGGAGCGAGGCCUGGAGCCGCUCACUCAGUGUCUGCGUGCCAGCGCCACCAAGACCCGAACCCACGGCUUCUUCGUGGCUCUGCUGGAAAAACACAGUGGAGCCGGGAGUCCAAACCAGGAGCAGGCGGCCCAGACAAUCAGCUCCGGCUCACACGUGAAGCCCGGCGGUGCGUCUGCCGGUGUAGAGAAACCUGCGGCUCCUCCAGAGGAGCCCAGUGAGGACGAGACGGAGGCGACCGAGGACAAACCUGCUCCUGCCGACGGACACGCUGACGGUACGGCAGCCAAGAAGAGGAGGAAGAGGAAGAGGAAAAAGAAGUUGGCCAAAGCAGAAUCUGAGGAAACGUAAAACAGAGACUGCUGCUGUGUUUUGUCUGGAGAAAAAAUAAAUGCAAUGCAACUGAAAAAUAAAUCUUAUUUUCUAUCCUAAAA